AUGGUCGGUCGUAGAACCCUGGAACGACCGAACCAAAAUCAAAAGCGCGCCAAAGCGGUGGCCACGGCGGCCAUCGACGCGUUAGGACCAAAUGGUUUCCUCCACCUCUCGGCGUUCCUCGAGCCCAUGGAGGCGCUCCGGCUCUCGCGUACGAGCAGGACGGUUCACGAGGCGAUGGACGACAGCAUGUGGCGCGCCAUGCUCCUGCACCGGUGCGGCGUCAAGCCGUCGCUGCUCAAGCCGCGCACGCAGACGCGCGAGAUGGUCGCAACGCUCUCGCACAAGAAGAGUUGCGCCCACUGUGAUCGCUUUGAAGUUGACGGGUGCCGAGCGAUCAAGGUCCACACGGAGCACCGCGGCAAGAAGCUUUGUCCCACGUGCUUUGAGCUCCCGAGGUUCAAGGAGAUCAGCCACAUGGACACGGUCGUUACCUACGUGGAGCUGCGCGAGCUACGGUACCGGGUCGUGACGACCGGCGACUAUGAAAUGGGCGAGCUCUACCGAAAGAGAAUGUACAACCUCCAAGCUGUCCUCGACCUCGCGGCGAGACGGCGGUCGUCAUCAGCUACGUAAAAAGAGAGACAUGGAAUGCAAGCCAACAUGAAAGCAGCUAAAGAUGCAAUGGGAGCAGUUGUGAAGCUUGGAGACCGCUCGAUGUGGGACAUUCCUCAAACCAAGUGACCUUCUCGUCGAAUCGAAGAUGCAUCGCUGAUGUUGUGGCUUGGCUCACUACAUUAUCACAAAUCGCAAAACCUGCAGAAC